AUGUCUUCCGACGACGAACGCCAGAAGGCUCUCGACUCGUACCGGGCCAAGCUGCUCGAAUCCCGGGAGUGGGAGGCGAAGCUCAAGUCCCUCCGACUCGAGAUCAAGGACCUGCAGAGGGAGUUUGACAGAACCGAGGACAACAUUAAGGCGCUGCAGAGUGUUGGUCAGAUUAUCGGCGAGGUUCUGAAGCAGCUCGAUGACGAAAGAUUUAUCGUAAAGGCCUCCUCCGGUCCCAGAUAUGUCGUUGGAUGCAGAUCAAAGGUCGACAAGGUCAAGCUCAAGCAGGGUACGCGAGUGGCUCUCGAUAUGACGACACUCACCAUCAUGCGCAUGCUUCCACGAGAAGUCGACCCCCUCGUCUACAAUAUGUCACUGGAAGACCCUGGACAAGUUAGCUUCGCCGGUAUCGGUGGACUCAACGAUCAGAUUCGCGAGCUUCGUGAAGUCAUUGAGCUGCCGCUCAAGAAUCCCGAGCUCUUCCUGCGUGUGGGCAUCAAGCCGCCCAAGGGUGUUUUGCUCUAUGGACCUCCUGGUACAGGAAAGACGUUGCUCGCACGUGCCGUGGCAAGCAGUCUCGAGACCAACUUCCUUAAGGCAAUCGUUGACAAGUAUAUCGGAGAGUCUGCUCGCUUGAUUCGCGAGAUGUUCGGCUAUGCCAAGGAGCAUGAACCUUGCAUUAUCUUCAUGGACGAGAUCGACGCCAUUGGUGGACGCAGAUUCUCAGAGGGAACCAGUGCGGAUCGUGAGAUCCAGAGAACGUUGAUGGAGUUGCUCAACCAGCUGGACGGUUUCGACUACCUCGGCAAGACCAAGAUCAUCAUGGCGACGAACAGACCUGAUACCCUCGAUCCCGCCCUGCUUCGUGCCGGACGUCUCGACCGCAAGAUUGAGAUUGCCCUGCCGAACGAGGUCGGCCGCUUGGAGAUUCUCAAGAUUCAUGCCCAGGGUGUGGUUACGGAGGGUGAGAUCGAUUUCGAGAGCGUGGUGAAGAUGAGCGAUGGUCUCAAUGGUGCGGAUUUGAGAAACGUUGUGACAGAGGCCGGUCUGUUCGCCAUCAAGGAUUACCGCGACGCAAUCAACCAGGAUGACUUCAACAAGGCAGUGCGCAAGGUCGCCGAGUCGAAGAAGCUGGAAGGCAAGCUUGAGUACCAGAAGCUGUAA